GCCCAGGACUCCCAUCCCUGCCUGCAAAGCUGCGUGUCUUGAGGUUGUCAGGUAGUCUGUCUGGAGUCGCUGCCACUCGGUGCCGAGCUGAUCUUCUAGCUGAUGGGUGAGGCAAUCAAGUCCAUAACCUUCGGAAGCAUGAGUGAGGACCUCCUGGAAGGCACCGAGGAGCUGAACUGGGCCUCCCACACCUCCUUGACCAUUCCCAAGAUCUCCAAAAGCAAGAAGCUGGAGAGGAGCUCCGACAAGGUGUCUGCUGCCAAGGUGGCCCAAUCUCCGGAUCCUGACCCUCAUGCUGAGCCCGGUCAGGAGAUGGAGCCCAAAGGCAGCUCCAAGGGCAAGGGCAAAGCUGGCUCUGGCGCCAAGGCUGUAGAGCUAGGCCCCAACCCCAAGUCCUCCAAAGGGAAGGGCGAGGAUCAGCAGGGAAUCCGCAAAGAUCUGGCCAAGAUCGAGCAGAAAGUGGAUAUCCUGCUCGAGAGGAUGAAUGAAUUUACCAAGGAGAUAGGUCUGUUGGCCAAGGGGAACAAGGAGAAGCUGGAUAAGCCAGAGAAUCUGGAGAAGCUGGAGAAGCCGGAGAUGCCUGAGAAGGCCAACAAUCCUGAGAAGCCAGAGAUGCCUGAGAAGCUGGAGAAGCCUGGCAAGAUGGAGAAGGUGGAGAAGGUGGAGAAGGCCGAGAAGCUGCCCGCUCCCCAGCCAGCAGCUCAGCAGCAGCAGCAGCCUCAGCACCAGGGUGGCAAGGGCCAGAAGAAGUUCAAGGGGGGUGCCAAGGCUGCUCCUGCUGAGGUUGGCAGCGGUGGCAGUGCUGCUGGCAAGUCUGCUUAGAGGGAUCGAGCCUGGACCAGAGUGACAGCGCUGGAGCUGCAGCAGCAGAGCCCUCCAGCAUCUACAAGGGCCCUUGUCCUAGAGCCACGCUCACCUGGUCCCCUCUCCCAGCAUCCCCAGCUCAUGCUCCCAGUUGUCCCCAGUUCAGCUCUCUUGCAGGUGACCUCCUCUUUAGGGAGAACCCCCUGCAGGGGCUGCCCCCCUUCCCUAUAGCCCCCCUAGGAGGCUCCCACACCCCACCCCUCAGCAAAGCCUCCAAGUUGGGCUCCCUUAGCUCGCCUUGCUUUUCUCUGCAUAUUUAGCAAUAAAAAAGUUCUCUUGC